GCACGCGCGCUCUCAGGGCUGCAUGAGGACGUCAUCGUGGUCCCCUUCUGUUUACUUCUUCAGAACUACGCAAUUAAAGUAAGCCAGUCUUGUUUUAUCGAGCUAUACAUAUUUUUGCCGACUUCCAGCGCCGGGGUGGGCUGUUUUAGAGCAGCCUCAGAGGGAUUUACACCGGCAGCUGCGGGCUAACAGCAGCCUGUGAGCAGGAGGAGGCGCUGUGUCUCUGCUGCUAGCUUAACCAUACAGCUGUUGGGGAACUAAACCCAAACUGCGCCGACUCUCCGCGCAUCCCGCUGCGGGAAACACCGGAGAAGCAAAUGGACGAGCUGGUGAAGAGUUUGCCCUCCCCGACUCUGCCCGGGCUUCACCUCCCGUGCCUGGACGCUCACAAAGGCUGGCUCUUUAAAUGGACCAACUACCUAAAGGGCUACCAGCGGCGGUGGUUCGUCCUCAGCAACGGCCUGCUGUCCUAUUACAGGACUCAGGCAGAGAUGGCACACACUUGCCGGGGCACCAUUCCCUUGGCUACGGCUCACAUCGGGGUGGGUGAUACCUGCCACUUGGUGUUAACCAGCGGGGGCCGGAGCUACCACCUAAAGGCCACAUCUGAGGCCGAGUGUCAAAGAUGGGUGUCAGCACUGCAGCAAGCCAAGGCAAACGCCACUGUCCUGAUGCAUCACUCAGAUGACUCUGGAGAUGAAGCCCCGAUACCUCAUGAGGAGCGUGCAUUAACCCAAGGGGUGCUCAAGACUCUAGCCAACAAGCUGGAUGAUCUGAGCACCUGUAAUGAGCUUAUAGGAAAGCACGGUGCCGCCCUCCAGCGCUCCCUCAGCGAACUCGAGGAACUACGUGCAUCCACCGACAGCACCGACAAAGUGAAGGCUGUUAAUGAGCGAGCCACCCUCUUUCGCAUCACCUCCAAUGCGAUGAUCAAUGCCUGCCGUGACUUUUUAGAUGUGGCAGAAUCUCACAGCCGGAGGUGGCAGAAGGCUCUGCAUUAUGAGAGAGAACAGCGCCAUCACCUGGAGGAGACCAUCGAACAGUUAGCCAAACAGCACAACAGCCUGGAGAGAGCGUGGAGGGAGAAUCCCACCUCAUACACAGGUGUGGAGCGGCCUCAGGAGGGCGAUGUGAGCGAUGACAAUGAGGAGGCCGAGUUCUUUGAUGCCAUGGAAGACUCAGCAGCAUUUAUAACUGUGACUGCUGCCAGCGACAUACAGCACAAGCGCUCAGGCAGCAAUCAAAGUAUGAUGAGUGGAGGAGUGCCCAGCGACUGGACUCACAAUGAGAAUGACACUUCCACAAACCACAUGCAGCUACGAAGAACGAGGCGCACCCGAAUCCCAGACAAACCAAAUUACUCCCUGAACUUGUGGAGCAUCAUGAAGAACUGCAUUGGCAAAGACCUCUCCAGGAUCCCCAUGCCUGUGAACUUCAACGAGCCGUUGUCCAUGCUGCAGCGUCUGACAGAGGACCUGGAGUACAGCGAGCUGCUGGACCGAGCGGCUCGCUGCGACUCCUCCUUGGAGCAGAUGUGCCUCGUCGCUGCCUUUUCCGUCUCCUCUUACUCCACCACCGUUCAUCGAACAGCCAAGCCUUUCAACCCUCUGCUGGGGGAGACGUACGAGCUGGACCGCCUGGAAGAGUACGGCUACCGCUCUAUUUCUGAGCAGGUCAGUCAUCAUCCACCAGCUGCUGCCCACCAUGUGACUUCACAGCGAGGAUGGACUCUGUGGCAACACAUCACCAUCGACAGCAAGUUCCGUGGAAAAUAUAUUUCUGUCAUGCCGUUAGGUAAUAUUCAUCUGCAGUUUCACUCCAGUGGAAACCACUACGUUUGGAGCAAAGUGACGUCAACGGUGCACAACAUCAUCGUAGGGAAGCUUUGGAUUGAUCAGUCUGGAGACAUUGACAUUGUAAAUACAACUACAAAGGACACAUGUCGUCUCAAGUUCUCCCCAUACAGCUACUUCUCUAGAGAAGUUCCACGCAAAGUGACGGGGGUCGUAGAGGACAGAGAGGGCUCAGCUCAUUACAUCCUUUCAGGAACCUGGGACGACAAAAUGGAGAGCGCUAAAAUAGUCGACAGCAGCCAAGGUUGUGGGGGCUCUGAAGGCAAACAGAAGACAGUUUAUCAGACCCUUCAACCCAAGCUGCUGUGGAAGAAAUAUCCUCUACCAGAAAACGCAGAGAACAUGCACUUCUUCUCCUCCUUGGCUCUGACUUUGAAUGAGCCGGAAGAGGGCGUUGCCCCCACCGACAGCCGCUUGCGACCUGACCAGCGACUCAUGGAGGCGGGACUGUGGGACGAAGCAAACACCCAGAAGCAGCGACUUGAGGAGCGUCAGAGACAGGAGAGGAAGAAAAGGGAGGCGCAGGCCAAUCAGGCUCUGGAAGAUGGGCAAGACAUCGAGGGUUACCAACCACUAUGGUUUGACAGGAGAACAGAGGAGAACACAGGAGAAACCACCUACUUCUACAAAGGGGGCUACUGGGAGGCCAAAGAAAGACAAAACUGGAGCCAGUGUCCGAAGAUCUUCUAGGACAAAGUAGCCAUGCUAAGCAGGUCCUAGUGAUGUAAGGAAACUGUUGGUGGUUUCUAGACCUGACCAGAUGGUAAAGCACAAAAACUCCUGCUUCCACUUUCUGAUGUUCUUGCUUUGUUACAGCCGUGCUUCCAGAUUGCAUGGCUUCAGCUUUUGUGCACAACUGAACACUAUAAAGAAGUCAUUUUUGUAAGCAGUUUUAAACUCCUGUUUUGUUGGUGUUUAAAAGGAGUAGUGUUUACAGAACUUUCUGUGCACAAACACAUCACAUUUGAGUUUGUUCAGGAUAAUUGAAGGAUAAAGAAUGAGCUGAAUGUCUGCUAAAAGCACCAAAUGUUUUCUUUCUUUUUUAAAUCUGGAACAGCCUGUUUGUUGAUGGACUUUGGCUUAAACACCCAGCUCUAAAAAAAUAAACAAAACUUUCUGUACUCUUUCUUUAGAUCUGCUGAUCUCCCACACUUUUGAACUUUUUACUUCUCAAAAUUGCACAACUGCAACUCUUCUUUAUUAUCUACGUGGUAAAACAAAAACAGCUUCUCUAAAUAAAAAAUAGCAUUUGGUGAGCUCUUUUGACAAAGGUCUAAGUAACAUUUUAAUUGAAAACACAAAAAAAUAAUUGCAAAUAUUUUCCUAACAAACUAAAUUGAACAACAGGUGCAGAAUUAGGCAUUAAGUCAAAUAUGUUUAAAACUUUUCAAAAAAAAUUCAGUCUUUGAAUUUAUCCUAGUCAUUAAAUUACCAUAGGUUACUUUAAUUUCUUAUAGAAGAUAAAAAUAUGGAGUUCUCCAAAAAUGAAUUCACUUGCUGUGACACGCUUGAGUUCUGAUGUUUCCUUCCUCCAGCACUGAUGAGGGGCUGCUACGACAAGACGAAUCUUGUCCUCAGAGAACUAUUAAAACUAUUUUCCCUAAGGUAUUACACCUGAUAGGCUUUAGUUGAUUACCAAACACAUAAAAAUAAUAGACCUCAAAAGCGGUGUCUGUGUGUUAGCUGGUAAAGAAACAACAUGAAAUCAUUAUCACUUGCAAAAGGAAAACCAUUUGCACAGAAGUAUUUGGAUUUAUUCCUAAAAGUGUUUUGAAAUUCAAAUUUAAGGAGUUUAUUUUAUCUACAAAUCCAGUAAACCUCCAGGACUUUCCUCAGUGAGGGAUUAUAUUGGUGCUUAAUGCUCAUUCAAGCCUUAAUUAUUUAAUUAAGAAUUUAAAAAAUAGGUAUUAUUACACAGAAACAAAAGCUUUUUUUAUUAUUAUAUCAUAGCAAGUUGGGUGAUAUUUAUUUCUUUUAAAAUGUAUAUGUUUGCAUUUUGGUUGAUUUCGUUUGACCUUAAUGUUUUUUUUUUUAUGGAUUCAGUCUGAAUAUAAUUCCUUAAAAAAUGUAAAUUGGUGGCAACAAAUGUGUUUUCAAUGUUUAGAAGACAUAGAAAGUAUAUCUAGAAUUAUUUUUGGUGAAAUAUUGUGUUGCUUCUUGAACAUCAUCUAUGCCAGCAAUAACACGGAACACUUAACCUUCCUGUUGUGUCAGUUAUUUAUUAACUAAUCUGGUAUAUUUCGAUAAAAAAAUGGACACAUUUGUUCUUGUAAAUAUUUUCCUUAAAUCUCUUCCUCAAAAUGCCAUGGAUGUUGUGUGGCUGUGGUCUCUUCUUGUUCUUCCUUCUUCUCUGGAGAGCAGAAAAAAAUAUCUUUGUAAUAUGUUUUAUCUUAAACAUAUGGAUUUAUUCAAUGAUUAUUGGCACAUUGUUGUAUAAACUAUACAGUUUUAAAGGCUGGUUAUUUUUUGACAGGAAGCUGUAAAGGUACACAGAACACGAACAACGUAAUUUUCAUAAAACUAAAUUCACUGUAUUUGUUUAGGUUGCUCUUGGGGAAUAACACUAUGGAUCUAUAUAAUAAAGUCUUACUUUGUUUAGGUUUUUUUUUCUUUUUAAAAAAAGUUGUUAGUUUCAACAAACACAACAGAAGAGAUAUAUUGGAGAAAAGCAUAUGAAUUAACAAAACAAAUUAGCCCAAAAGUGUAAAGGAAGGAGUACAAUUAAGACGUUUAUAUGUAUAAAUAUAUAUAUAUGAGUAUAGUAUUACUUUAUAAGUCAGGGCAUGAUGAUCAUACAUGACUGCCACGUUUGUGUUGGCCUGUAUAUAGCUGGAACAAAGCAGAAAUAUAAUUUAAAACAUGCUUAAAUUGUUGAUUUCAACACUCAUACUUAACAUAAAUGUUAGUUUGUAAAUACAAAUGCUUACAGCUAAGGUGGUGCAACAAAUGUCUAAAUGUAGACACUUGUGAACGAACAAUAAUAUAUAUGAUAUAAGGAGUAAAUGCUGCUCAAAUAAAGCACAAUGUCAUGUUUGAUACAAAUGCUUCAUAUCUCAUUGGUUUCCAUGGCAACAUAUAGCUAUGCAUGGUUUUACAGAAAGUUGUGCUUUAGUGGGGACAAGCCUUUUCCGCUUGACAAUUGUUUGUGAACUGUUGCUACAUAUUUGUGUAAAUUCACCUUUUGUGCCGGAUAAUCUCAAAAAGAUUAUUUAACAAAAUAAUUAAUAAAAAAAACAUGCUUGAUUGAAAGUUA